AUGCUCCUUAAACCUCACAACCUUGCAAGCUCGCACUUUGCAACUCCCCAUCCACUUCCCCACACUCCCCUCUGCUCUCUAUCCCGGUGCUCGUGUGCCCCUAUGCCCCCGUGCCCCCGUGCUCGCAGCAACGUGGCGUCCAACCUCUUGGAUGCGCGCAUGAGCGAGUGGGCUCUGCCUCUCACCGGCCUCAAGGCACUCAAGCAACUGUCUCUCAACUACAACUGGUUCUCCGACCCUCUGCCCUCAUUUCUCCUCACCAUGUCCUCUCUCUCAGCGCUCCAUAGCGCCCUCCCCCCACUCCACUGCUUUGCUCAUGCCUCCCCUUACUCCCCUCCUCCCUUUCUCCAUCUGUCCUCCCCCCCCCCUCUUUCUUCUCCCCGACCCCUCCCCACUCCCUCUUUCACCAGCAACGUGCAAUUCAAAUACCUCACUGGUCCCAUCACCGGCACUCCCUCUGCCUCCCUCAAGUCCCUCAACGUCGCCUCCAACCUCCUAACAGGAACCUUCCCAGCAUCUUCCACCACCGCAUGUGAUGCACGCAGCAACUGCCUAGCAGACUCCUCCAAGUGCCUUGCCUCUGGCUCCUCCUCCCAGAGGGACGCGUCUGACUGUGACCUCUGCGGUGCUGGGAGUUCCGGUGCGGUGAUAUGCAAUGGAGGGGUGUGCGCGCCUGACACUACUGAGCCAAUGGCUGCCUUCUCGCCUAACGAUGCCUCUGCUAACUUGCUGCCCAUGCAGUGCUCGGGUGUUCGCAUUGACGCCACUGCAGUAUCGGUGCUUGGGAGUCUCAAGGCGGCACUGGGAGUGCCUUUCAGUGACUGGGGAGGGAACUCGCUGUGCACGGUGGUCCUCGUGGUUUCCGGGGUCAGCAGCUCCUCCCCUGGCCCGAGGGACUUGGGAGACGUGCUGUGCAGCCCGGCCGGUGCUGUGGUGGAGAUCAAUCUCAACUCGCGCCAGCUGGCUGGGUCCAUGCAUGCAGAUAUCUCCAAGCUCACUGCGCUCACUGCCCUGUAA